AUGCCAUUUGGAUUGACGAAUGCUCCAGAAAUCUUUAUGGACUUGAUGAAUAGGGUGUUUCAUCCACUUAUGGACAAUUUUGUCGUAAUGUUCAUAGAUGAUAUACUGGUGUAUUCGAAGAAUAAGGAGGAACAUGUGGAACAUUUGAGAGCAGUUUUACAGACUUUAAGGGAGAACAAGCUUUAUACGAAGUUUUCUAAGUGUGAGUUUUGGUUGGAAAAAGUAGCAUUUUUGGGUCACUCUGUGUCCAAGGAUGGGGUAGAAGUAGAUCAAGCGAAGAUUGAAGCAGUGAAAAGAUGGCCUACGCCAAAGACGGUGUCUGACAUUAGGAGUUUAUUAGGUUUAGCAGGGUAUUAUAGGCGUUUUGUGAAGGACUUUUCUAAAAUUGCUAAACCUAUGACCUCUCUAAUGAAGAAGGACAAGAAGUUUGAGUGGGACGAGAAGUGUGAGGAAGCGUUUCAACUUUUGAAGAAAAGGUUGAUUACAGCACCAGUGCUAACAUUGCCCGAUGAUAGUGGGAUCUACGAUGUAUAUAGUGAUGCAUCCAAGAAUGGUUUGGGAUGUGUGCUAUGCAAAAUGGAAAGGUGA